AUGCCGUACCUGGAGUUAGCUGGAUUUGGGUCAGUUGCAUUGAUCCGAAUGUUUGAUUUGCGGUACGAUUUAAUAUCCGCAUUGGUCGAGCAUUGGCGCCCGGAGACCCACACUUUCCAUUUGCCGUGUGGGGAGUGCACUGUCACUUUGGAGGAUGUUGCAUUGCAACUUGGGCUCCACAUCAACGGGAGUGCCGUAACAGGCGUAAGUGCGAUAGCUGAGCCGACUGCCCUUUGUCAUAGCCUACUAGGAGUCUCACCCGUCGAUGAUAAGUCCAGCUUUACGGGUUUGAAAUUUUCAUGGUUGAAAGUAAAUUUUGAACAUUUAUCAGUUAAUGUCACUGAGCAUAAGGUGAUGUGCGCAGCUCAAGCGUACAUUACGCAUAUUAUAGGGGGUGUACUGAUGCUCGACAUGAACAACAACAAGGUUCAUUUGAUACAUAGGCAGAUGCCUUCUAUUGCUGCAGUCAUGGGCUCUUUAUUGGAUGUCAUUCUUGGCAUCAGUUACGCACCAACCAUACGUAUUUUCACUAGUAAACAGAUGGAGUUAUUAUUCGGGUAUCGGGAGGUCGUACACUGUCCCAAUAUAUUGUCUGAUGAUUGA